AUGGCACUCAGAGGAUCCGAGAAAGUCGUAGAGCAAGGCCUCAAGACAAUUCUUCGACCUUCUGCUCAUAUUUGCUGCGACCUCUUGGACAAGUCCGAUAUGUUCAUCUCGCGCCAUGCUAUAUUCUUCUUUUCGAGAGGACGACCACUACAGUCCGAUAAACACAGCCAUCGGCAAGCACAAGACUACCCCCCUUCGUUCCCCAAUGACGAGUUGCCGACACUAUUCCGCCAAGCAUUGCAGGAGAUGCCACUUCUAUCCAUCUCUGUCGAUGUUGAGCUGGCAUCCCCCACCUUGCCCGGAAGACUAGCACGAGGCCUUCGCUGUUUGACGGCCGACAGAGCCCCCCAAGUAGGUAGACAGUCAACAUGGGAAAGCCUACGUGUUGCUUGGGACAUAUCAUCACACGAUAUUGACAGAGAGAACUUUUACCACAUGAUGCGCGACAUGUGUACCCCAGAAUCACUAGAGCCACUGCACGUCCAUGAAGAUAUUAACCCAAUCUUCACGAGUCUCAUCCGAACCGUGAGAUUUCCGAAUCUCAAGCGCCUUUCUGCCGUCCUCAACGAAGACAGGGCAGGCUGGGGGGUAAUUCCAGUGAGAACCCUGAAUGAGCUUAUCGCCCGUAGAUGCCACGGGCUUGAAUGGCUGGUUCUUGAUCACAAGCAUACUCUACGUGAGGCAUCCGCACCAGACGAGUCUUUGAUGAUGCAUCCCGCCUCACUUGCAGACCUUGACAUUGACGUGGACCACGAGGAUAUGGCCGUCAUGCUAGAGAAGGACUUCGAACGCCUAACACACUUAGCUGUCACUCUUCGCCAGGGCACACUGAUCGAUGGGAUCAAAUUUCAGGGUUAUUCGUGCUCAGGGGCGAACAUGCAGAUACAUAAAUGGUACAUUCUGUGUGCUACGUUUCCCUUUUCUCUUCUUGUUUACUAA